UUGUCAUUGUCAGUCAGAGCAGAGGUUCAUUUAGUUGUCAGUCUUUUAUGUCUGCGUUUUUAGGUUCAGUUUUUCAGUUUUGACUAAGCAAUCAAAAUAUUAUCAUUAAGGAUAAAGAAAUUCGUGAUUGAUACAAGUAAUUUAAAAACACACUUGCAAUGGGAAAGAAAAAACAAAACGAUGGUUCUUUAGGUAGAUCUCUAAUUAGGGAUAGGUUUGGCUCAAGACAUAAAAAUCACAAUUCAUCAAUGUUGCACACUUCAGAGCUCAAUGACGGAUAUGACUGGGGCCGGCUAAAUCUGCAGUCUGUGACGGAGGAAAGUUCUUUUCAAGAGUUUCUAUCAACAGCUGAAUUGGCAGGCACAGAGUUUCAGGCAGAAAAACUGAAUAUUAAGUUUGUAAAUCCAGCUGUUGGGAUUGGACUGCUUUCUGUUGACGAGAAGAAGAAAGUGGAAAAGAAACAUUCAGAUUUAAAGAACAUGUUGAAAAUUCCUCGAAGGCCCAAGUGGGACUCAAAUAUGACCCCAGAAGAACUUCAGACCAAUGAGAAGACAGAGUUUCUUGAAUGGAGGCGUAGACUAGCAACUCUGCAAGAAACGGAAGACUUGUUGCUCACUCCAUAUGAGAAAAACCUGGACUUUUGGCGUCAGCUCUGGAGGGUUGUUGAAAGAAGUGAUGUAGUGGCUCAAAUCCUUGACGCUCGUAAUCCGCUUCUCUUUCAAUGUGAAGAUCUUGAGCGUUAUGUGAAGGAAGUUGACCCGAGAAAGUUAAACCUGUUGAUCCUAAACAAAGCUGACUUCCUGACGCGAGCCCAGCGGCGUGCCUGGGCGAGACAUUUCGACAACUGUCAGACAAGAGUUGCGUUCUUCUCGGCUACUUUGGCAGCCGAAGACACUAUCCCGGAACAACCUGAGAGUGAAAGUGAGGAUGAGUUUGAUGAACCAGUGAAUGAGAACGACAGCGAAUAUGAAACGGCUGAUGAGGAAGAAAUAAUUGGAGAAGAUGAAAGUUCAGUGUAUGAAGGUAAGAACUCUUCGAAGCUGCUCGGUAGAGACGAGUUGAUAGCGAUGUUCAAACAGCUGUUGCCACAAGAUGCUCCUCGUGUAAUGGAACACGUCACCACGAUCGGUCUGGUCGGAUACCCCAACGUUGGGAAGAGUUCCACCAUCAACUCCAUUUUGCAAAACAAGAAGGUGUCUGUGUCCGCUACGCCUGGCAAGACGAAACACUUUCAGACGCUGUAUGUGGAUGCAGAGCUUAUGCUGUGUGACUGCCCAGGACUGGUGAUGCCUAGUUUCGUCACAACAAAAGCCGAGAUGGUGCUCAGUGGGAUAUUACCUGUCGACCAAAUGAAGGACCACGUACCACCAGUCAACAUGUUGUGCUCACUCAUACCCAGGCAUGUGCUAGAGGGACACUACAGUCUCAUGAUACCCAAACCUCUGGAGGGGGAGGAUGAGGAUCGGCCACCUUCUGCGGAGGAGUUACUCAACGCUUACGGCUAUUCACGAGGUUUUAUGACACAGAACGGCCAGCCAGACAAUCCCCGGAGUGCUCGCUACGUUCUGAAAGACUUUCUCAACGGCCGGUUGUUGUACUGCCAAGCGCCUCCGGGUACGGAUCAGCUGAAGUAUCACACGUUUGCUGCGGCUAAGAAGAAACACAUCGCCCCUCUCACACAGGCCGCCCAUAGAGCCAUCAGAGUAAAUAAAGUGUCUGGAGAGGACCUUGACAAGGCAUUCUUCAAACAAGCGUCUUUGGGAGCUCACACCAAGGGCAUCAGCAAAGUGGGGAACAGUUCUGGUUCAAGCGUCUCUGGUUCCACAAUGUCUCUUGCUUCAGCCGAGGACAAACCUUGGAAAAACCACAAAGAGAAACGCAACAAGAGAGAGAAGUUGAGGAGAGUUUAUAGGCAUCUAGAUGUGUGAAUUAACUUUUACGUCUUUGUAUAUAUGAUGUGUAUUUUUUACUGUAAAAAUAAAAAAUAUAUUCUUAGCGUA